CGGGCGGUUCAGUCGUUGGUCGCGUACUCGCCGAGCGUGCACGGCCGCCGUAGUAUACCGCAGUGGGUGCGCAAACUGCGCCAGCGCACGCGAGCCCGGAUUGUCCGCGUCCCAUACAGUCGCGCCGCCGAACCAAUGCGCGGUACGCCAGUGCCUUCAUAGCGACUUCUACUGCCAGCGAACAUUGUGUUACAACAUGGGGUGCAGUGCGAGAUACUGUUUACUGGCUCUGUCCUUGUGCCUAGUGACUGAACAUGCCUUUGGUGUCAGAAUUAUGCCCAAACGGAAGAAAGAAGCAGGAACGAUAGAUGAUCAAUCAACGUCAGCCUCGUGGUGGCAAGCCGGCACCGCGACACCUUUCCGCGACAGCGGCAGCGAAUUCUCCUCAACACAUGGAUUAGUCCAGACCCAUCCCUCCUCAAUUAGCGAUGGAUACUCCUUCGGCUCUUCUGGAGCUUCUGCCAACCCAUUCGCAUCGACGAGCGGCAGCGGUCCGCUCAGUGGCAGCUUCCGAAGUAAUCCAUUGCCACCACUCACCAAGGGUUCGAAUGGUAAAACAACUCUAAAACAUCUCGACUUCACGAGUAGUGCUACAGCUGAACUAAGAAGGAAUCCAUCUUUAUCUGCACCUGACGAAUGCGCGCGAGCCUGUAGAGAGGGAGAACCACCAAGGAUCUGCUAUUACCAUUUCACACUUGAGAUGUACACAGUUUUGGGAGCGGCUUGCCAAGUAUGUACACCAAAUGCGACCAACGUAGUUUGGUCUCACUGCCAAUGUGUACUGGCCGACGGAGUUGAGCGCGGUAUACUCACCGCUAACAGAAUGUUACCGGGACCAUCAAUCCAAGUGUGUGAGAACGACAAAGUUGUCAUCGAUGUAGAGAACCACAUGGAAGGUAUGGAAGUAACUAUCCAUUGGCACGGCAUCUGGCAAAGAGGAUCGCAAUACUACGACGGUGUGCCAUUCGUAACGCAAUGUCCUAUUCAACAAGGAAAUACGUUCAGAUAUCAAUGGUAUGGUAACGCGGGUACUCAUUUCUGGCAUGCGCACACCGGUCUCCAGAAAUUGGACGGUUUAUACGGAAGCAUUGUCGUACGCCAACCGCCUUCCAAAGAUCCUAACAGUCACCUUUACGAUUACGACUUAACCACACACGUAAUGCUACUCAGUGAUUGGCUCCACGAGGACGCCGCUGAGAGAUAUCCAGGUCGCCUCGCCGUAAACACCGGUCAAGAUCCCGAAUCCGUACUUAUAAACGGCAAAGGACAGUUCAGAGAUCCUAAUACCGGUUUCAUGACGAACACGCCUUUGGAAGUGUUCACAAUAACUCCGGGCAGAAGAUAUAGGUUUAGGAUGAUAAACGCUUUCGCUUCGGUAUGUCCUGCGCAGCUCACCAUCGAAGGCCACAACCUGACAGUCAUUGCAACAGACGGGGAGCCGGUGCAACCAGUGCAAGUCAACACCAUUAUUUCAUUCUCUGGUGAACGAUACGACUUUGUCAUUGAAGCGAAAAAUAAUAUAGGAGCAUACUGGAUACAAGUCCGUGGUCUCGGGGAGUGCGGUAUAAAGAGGGCUCAACAGUUGGGUAUACUCCGAUACGCUAGAGGUCCAUAUCAGCCAUCGACACCAGCGCCUACCUACGAUGUAGGAAUUCCGCAGGGAGUGGUGUUGAAUCCUCUAGACGCUAUUUGCGAUAUACCAAGAAAUGACGCUGUGUGUGUCAGUAACUUGAAAUCAUCUAAGCCAGUUGACAAGGCGAUACUACAAGAGAGGCCGGACGUAAAAAUAUUCUUGCCAUUCCGUUUCCACUUUUAUAGGCCUAAGGAUCUUUUCCAGGAAAACACGUAUAAAAACUUCUUAGUUGGCGGUUUCGGUGGUGACCACGUGUUGAGUUUAGUGGACGAGAUCUCGUACGUGGCAGCGCCUGCACCGCCGCUGUCGCAGAUGCACGAGCUCCCCGCCGACCUGUUCUGUAAUGGCGACAACCGGCCCGCAAACUGCCCUGUCGACUGUCGCUGCACGCAUAUGAUCGAUGUACCUCUCAACUCUGUUGUUGAAAUUGUCCUCGUCGAUGAAGUGCAAUCGCCAAAUCUGUCACAUCCAUUCCAUCUUCAUGGAACGCCGUUCAACGUCAUCGGUAUGGGUCGGUCCCCUGACAAAAAUAUAAAGAAAAUCAACCUCAAGCACGCCUUGGAUUUGGACAGAAAAGGCCUAUUGAAAAGACAGUACAAUCUUCCUCCAUUUAAGGAUACAUUGGCUGUGCCGAACAAUGGCUACGUUGUUUUAAGAUUGAAAGCUGAUAACCCAGGCUACUGGUUGUUCCACUGCCACUUCAUAUUCCACAUAGUAAUUGGGAUGAACUUAAUAAUCCACGUCGGCACGCAAGCAGACCUGCCGCCCGUGCCCCUCAACUUCCCUAGAUGUGGCAACCAUCUGCCAGCCAUCACGCCUGCAUACUUGCCAAUACUUCAUUGAGAAUGACCAGCCAACCGGCUUAGCCGAUCUUCUAAAUGGUUCUCAAGGUUUUACUACGUACCUUAUAAAGCGAACGAAAGUCGGUUUAAUUCGUUAUCCGAUUUGCCAUAUACCGUUUGAUCGGUAAAAAGUUGCAGUGUACGAGAUUUUUUUUUAUGUUUAUUUCUGUAAAUAAUUCUAUAAACGGUAUUUACUUUAGAUAUUAUAACCACGUGAAGUGUCUUGUUUCACUUUUACUCUAGAGAAGGCCAAAGUUUUUCGUUUACUGACCUUAAGAGCGUGCGCACAACAUUGAUUAAACUAUCGCACAAUAGUUGUGCGAUUGUCGAUUGUUUCUCAGCCCAUUCAACUGUUUAAUUGCACAAGUAAAAAUCGAAUAGUGUGCAUACAAGCUUGGGAAUCAAAGCACGACUAAACAGUUGUGCGAUAGUUUAGUCAAAGGUGUGCGCCCGCUCUAUAUAUGUAAUUUAUACUUAAUCUGUUGCAAAUACAUUUGUGAAAACUUUGAAUUUUCAUUUAAAUAUAUUUAUAUUUUUGUUGCUUGUUUUUUAGUUUUAUAAAUAAGUUGUAAUUAAAUAUUAUUAGUUUUAAAUGUAGAUCGUUAAAGUCAGGUGUAAAGUUUCUAAUGUUAGUAUGAGAAAAUAGAAAUAUUAUAAUUCUAUCAAACUUUAAACGACCUUUUGCAUUGUGUUUCUAUAUGACAGAUAGCUACAAAACAAUCCAUUACACGUUACCAAGUAUCUUUUCGCGACAGUAAUUUAUGGUUGUCAUGACAACAAUUUGUAUUGCGUAACAAUAAUUUAUAGUUUCAUGAAUAAUUCUUAAGCGGAUUUAGGGUGAGAGUCAAAAUGGCAGGUGUACCAUAGCAAAUGUAAUUAUGCCAUUUACUAAAAAUAAUGUAACUCGAACGUACUAUUUAGUACCGUGCUAAAAAAAAAUAGUACCUUCUCUAGAACGAAAUUAAGUUACACCCGCCAUUUUGACUCUCACGAUUUAGGUACUUAGGCCCCUUUUCCACUUGAGAUUUUCACUAAAAUAAUAUGGAAUGUUUUGGAGCUACCAACAAUCUUCAUGUAUAAUGUAUAGUCGACAUAAGUUUAAAUUGGUAUAUUAUCCUGACUUUCAAAGACUGCGAACCGUAACAGAAGUUACUAGUUCUUGGUUCUUUGAAUACUGCUGAGUUCAGUAGUGUUAAUAAUUUCUCUUCUUGUGGGAUGGAAACCGGACAAACUCAUGCGGUCGCGUUUAACUUAAGUUUGAUUUACAUUUAUUACAAGAUUUUAUUUAAUACUCCAUCUAGCAUCGACAUAGCCAAUUAUAUUAUCAUAUUAGGGAAAUAAGACUGAUACAAACAUAUAACCCAUGUAACCUAAGAUUAUAAUGCCCGGUUUACAUUAUUCCAGUCCAACGAUCAAUCAGUGCUCGUUGUAACUGGAAAAAGUUAACAACAUUAAAUACACUGUGUGGUUUUCUUUUUGAACUGGAUUGCUGGAUGUAGAUGAACCGGGCACUGAAUAAAAUGGCAAACAUUUGAUAUACCCUUCUAUGAACAAUUACGUGCCAAUAUUUAAAAUCAUAAAAUGUAAAUCUAGCUUAUGUCAAACGUUGGUGUCUUCGGCGACUUGACACAGAGUAGCAUUUUAAUGUAAAAUGGACUACUGUGGUAGGAAUGCCACGAGGGGUCUAAUAUCUUUAACAUGUAUCUUGUAUUACAAUGAUCUGUGUUAAAUUAUAUCUAUUGUUUUAUAAUAAAAUAAUAGUCAUUUUGACAUUAAAAUAAAAAAUACCAAAUUAAA